AGCCCCUGCUCAGUGUCUUGUACUUCCUGCCCUCCACCGCAACGAGUCAUGUCUUCCCGCAGCCGAGUGGCCGUGGUGACCGGGAGUAACAAGGGGAUCGGCUUCGCCAUCGUGCGCGAUCUGUGCAAGAAAUUCUCCGGGGACGUGAUUCUCACCGCCAGGAACCCGACCCUGGGCCAGGAGGCUGUGAAGAAGCUGAAGGAGGAGGGACUGAACCCUCUUUUCCACCAGCUGGAUAUCAGUGACUUGCAGAGCAUUCGGACCCUGCGGGAAUUUCUCCAGGAGCGGUACGGAGGUCUGGAUGUUCUGGUCAGCAAUGCUGGAAUAGCCUUCAAAGAGGCUGAUACCACACCUUUUCCUAUGCAAGCUGAGGUGACUAUGCAACUCAACUUUUUUGGCACCAGAGCUAUAUCUGCAAAAUUACUGCCUCUGAUUAAACCACAAGGUAGAGUGGUGAAUGUCUCUAGCAUUGUGAGUGUACGUUCUCUUAAAAACUGCAGCCCAGAACUUCAGCAGAAGUUUCGAAGUGACACAAUCACAGAAGAAGAGUUGGUGGGGCUCAUGAACAAGUUUGUGGAAGAUGCAAAGAAGGGAGUGCAUGAGAAGGAAGGUUGGCCCAACACUGCUUAUGGAGUGUCCAAGAUUGGAGUCACUGUCUUGUCGAGAAUCCAUGCCAGGCAACUGAAUGAGCAGAGGAAAGGUGAUAAUAUUCUUCUGAAUGCGUGCUGCCCAGGAUGGGUGAGAACUGACAUGGCAGGACCCAAAGCUACCAAAAGUACAGAAGAAGGAGCUGAAACCCCAGUUUAUUUGGCUCUUUUACCCCCAGGUGUUACAGAACCUAAUGGCCAAUUUGUAUCAGAAAAAAGGGUUGAAAAAUGGUAAACUUAAUUUGUGAAUCCAUUCUAG